AUGCCGCCGCAUCUGCACCCGAGGUCCCGCAUGACCUCCUCGCUAUUCGCGACAACCGUCGUCGCCAGCUUCUUCGUCGUCGCGCUGCCGCACCUUUUGCCUUGCCCGGUACCUCGAACGAAAUACGCCGACGGCGAGGUCGUUGUCGACGAAAACGGCCGACGGAGGAUAUGGAGGAAGAGAGAUCCGGCCGAAGGGAGGGACGGCAUCGUUCAGUUCAACCAAUCGGCCGACGACGGCGACGACGCGGAAUCGACGAAGCGGGCGUGCCCGGUACCGAAGCCCUCCGGCCUGCUGGGAGAAUUGCUCGGCUUCCACAACGGCCCGGCGGGAAAACGAUGA